CAAUUCCAUUCUUGUGGGGAAGGAAUUAGGGCUCCUCCUCAACUCAGGCAGUCCUGAGGCGGGAAGAGUGCGCCUGGCACGGAGUGAAGGUAGCUAUUGUGACUUCCUGGGCCCCGGAGGGGGUGGCUCAGUGCCCAAGGGUGUGACCUGGUCCAAGGCCGUGGGAAGGAACUGCCCUUGGUCCACGCUGUACUCCGGGAGACAGGUUCUGGGCGGGCGGGAGUGUCAAAGGCGGAGUCUCAGGCUCCACCCAGACCUCCCGGCCCGCCCAGCAUAGUGUCCGCGUGCUUCUCAUACAAAACUCCGCAGAGUCUGUGGUCCUCAGCCGGCUUCUGUUGGAGGUGGCGCUGCAGAGAGGAUUAGUUCCCCCAAGGUCUGGCUGUGACCUCUGCCCGGAAAAGACCUGGACUCCAGCGGCUUCCAACAACUAGUGCGGGACCAAGAGACUUGGAGCUCUAGACAAGUGAGCGGAUCCAGGAGGACAGAUCGGGUGGCUGGCCACUGGGCUCGCCAUGGCUGCGCACGCCCGCCGUCUAUGUCAUAUCGUCUUCCAUGUGCCAGCUGGGCAGCCCCUAGCGAGGGACUUACACCGCACCUUCGGCUUCCAGCCCCUGGCGGUGCGGGAGGCAGGCGGCUGGAGACAGCUGGCCCUGCGCAGCGGGGACGCCGUCUUUCUAGUGAACGAGGGUUCGGGGCCGGGGGAGCCACUGUACGGUCUGGACCCACAUCACUCGGUGCCCAGCGCCGCGAACCUGUGCUUCGACGUGGAGGACGUGGGCGGCGCCGCCCGGGAGCUGGCGGCUCGGGGCUGCACCGUGCCGGUACCACCCACUAGUGUGAGAGAUGCACAGGGCACAGCCAUCUACACAGUGGUCACUUCUCCGGCUGGUAACCUUAGCUUUACGUUGCUGCAGCGUGCUGCCUAUCGCGGAUCCUUCCUACCCGGAUUCAGACCCCUCCCUUACACACCUGGCCCGGGCUGGACCAGCCACGUGGACCACUUGACCUUGGCCUGUACCUCCGGCAGCUCCCCGACACUUAGGCGCUGGUUCCACGACUGCCUAGGGUUUCAUCACUUGCCGCUGAGCCCAGGUGAGGAUCCGGAGCUGGGCCUCAAGGUGGCAGCAGGGCCUGGGCGAGGAGGCCUGAGGCUUACUGCCCUGCAGACCCCGCCAGACAGCACUGUCCCUACUCUCGUACUGGCAGAGUCCCUGCCGGGACCCACCAACAAACCGGACCAGGUAGAGCAAUUUCUCGCCCGGCACAAGGGGCCAGGCCUGCAGCACGUUGGACUGUACACUCCUAACAUCCUAGAAGCUUCUGAGGGGAUAGCGAAGGCGGGAGGCCGGCUCCUGACUCCUCCUGAGGCUUACUACCAGCAGGCUGGCAAACAGGAACAAAUCAUAGCCUCAGGGCACAAGCCUAGCCAUCUAGAACGGCAGGGGAUCCUGCUAGAUGGCGACAGAGACAAGUUUUUGCUUCAGGUCUUCACCAAGUCCCUCUUUGCCGAGGACACCUUCUUCCUAGAGCUCAUUCAGAGACGGGGAGCUACAGGCUUUGGGCAGAACAACAUUCGAGCAUUAUGGCAGUCGGUGCAAGAGGAAGCUGCCAGGGCCCAGGGAGCCUAACGCAGGCCAGAGCUGGGAGUUGCCACUUGUCC